ACUUUCUUAUGCAAGCAAAAAUUACUUCUUCGGCUCCACUUUUUGGCGACCUAUUGCCUCCGGCAUUUGACAUUUUUCUCUGGGGCGCGAGUUCUGGCGCACCCUGUAUGUUUUUAAUCCGUUAGGGGUUGCUACUGAUAUGAUGAAGUUUACAAAAGUAGUACUUAUUGUCUUCAUAACAAAAUACUGUUUAUUGCUUGAAGGUAUGUAGGUAGACAAGAGGUUUCUUUUCCUAUUUGCUGUUUCUAAAUAAAUUAAAAUUUGAAGUACCAAAUGCGGGGGAAUGCUACUCUGAUUUCAUAUAAUUCUAAAGAGAUGUUUUCAAUCUCAAGGUCAGUUGGUGGUGCAUAAGAACAUAAUUACAAAAGAAGUCUUAACUUUGCAGCUUAGAGACAAAGCCUGUUAUGCAAAUUGGAGAAAGCCAUAGGCUUAAGCUGCCCUCUGGUGAUCGUAACUGUCAACAGGCAAAUAUUGUUUAAUUAUAAUAUAUGUAUCUAAAUUGAGUGAUGAUGAUUAUUUUUUUUAGAGGAUUAAGAAAGAAAGCAAAAAAAACAUUAACUUCAAAUUAAAUUCAUAAGUAGACAUUAAAAUUUCAAUAUUUUUAAUAAAGGUUUUGGUUUGCUGUUAUGGGACAUCGAAUAUGGAAGGAGAGGACUCAUUAAGUACAGAUAUUCAUGGAUUUGACGUUCGAGCCAUUUUCCAUGAUGAAUGUACAAAGAAUAAAAAAUAUUUCUAUAAAGAGGAUGAUAUACGCCGAAGGAUUUACCUUCUACUUUCUAAUAGUACAAAUUUAUCAGUAAUAUGUGUUAAGUUAAUAAAAGAAUUUAUUUCGUACGUUGAUAAAAUAAUAAUAACAAUGGAAAGAGAUCCUCUUGAUCUGAUGAGCAUACUGAUAAAACUUGUACUUGAAGCUAAUUGUAACAAGAAAACAAAAGUUACUGCAAUUGCUUAUGAAGAAAUAGAAAAUAAGAGUAUUGGAAAGCAACACAUUAUGUAUACAACACAGCUAGGUUCAAUAAGCGAUUCAUCAAGCUCAGAUGAUCUACUAGAAGAUGAUGAUUAUAGUUCCAAUGCAUCCCUUACUCGUAAGAGAAAGAGAAAAACAUGUCAAAAAGCGGGGGAGUUUGACCUGGGAGGACAUGAAAACAACUGUCACUUUGACAAUACUGUGAAAUGUCAAGUGGAAAUCUUGAUAUUAGUUGGGAAUAUAUCUUACUGUGAAACACUGGCCAAGCACCUUGGACUGAUAUGGUUUGAAGGUUUGCUGAAAGGAGAGGAAGACAUUGACCGUCGUUUGCAAAAUUAUGAGAAUAAAAUAGGCUAGCUCACACAGAAAUUAUUAAAAAAAUGAUGAAUGGCCACAGCAGCAUCUGCAUCACCACAUCAACAUCAGCUUGGGAGCACAUACCAGCAUGUACGAAAGGAAUUAUUUGCACAAGAGACAAUGAACAUAAAUUGUUUGAUUUACA